AUGACUUCCGACUCUAGCAAAACCGUUCCGAAUGGCAUUGAUGGUAUUCCUCCUCCCAUUUCCGACGCUCAGACCAAAACGUCCGAGAACAAACCGACAACAGUCCUCCCCGCAGAGCAUUAUGAUUACUUCCUCUCCGACAUAGCUAAAGCUCGGAAGCCUAGCCCUAUCCGUGGUCUGUUCCCCCUCGAACGCACCCCCGGCGUCAUCUCCCUCCUCGCCGGCAAACCCAACGCCUCCACCUUCCCCUUCACUUCCCUCUCUUUCACUGCGCGCGCUCCCCCUUCUCCCAACGCCAACGCGCAGGACACACCAAAAGAACACAGCAUCACCCUCACCGCCGACGAACUCAACGAGGGCCUGCAAUACGGGUCUACUUCGGGCUUGGAGGGUAUCAAUGACUGGCUGACGGAGUUGCAGGAGAGUGAGCAUGGGAGGAAGAGGGAGGGUGAGGGCUGGAGAUUGAGUGUUACGGCGGGGUCGCAGGAUGGGAUAUAUAAAGCUGUCAUGGCGCUGGUGAAUCCGGGAGACUCGAUGUUGGUUGAGAAACCCGUUUAUGCUGGCGUUAUUCCGAUCUUCCAAUCCGUUAACGCCGAGAUGAUAGAGGUUGAAACCGACUCCGAGGGUAUUAACUCUGCCUCCCUCCGGUCCAUCCUCGAGUCCUGGCCCGCAAACAAGCCGAAGCCGAAGGUGCUUUAUACCGUACCUUAUGGCUGUAAUCCUACCGGGAUGACUGCCACUUUGCACCGUCGACUCGAAGUCCUCGAACUUGCACGGGAGCAUAAUUUCCUUAUUCUCGAAGACGACCCCUACUACUACCUCUACUACGGCAAAUCCCCUCGCUCCUCCUUCCCCUCCUACUUCUCCCUCGAAGCAUCGACCGGCGGUACACUCGGUCACGUCGUCCGGUUCGACAGUCUCUCGAAGGUUUUGUCUGCCGGGAUCAGGGUAGGGUUCGUCACAGGUCCCGUGCGGAUCGUCAAUGCCAUCGACAUGCACACCGCCUCCGCAAACCUCCAACCCUCCUCCCUCAUCCAAUCCAUAACCCACGCCCUCCUCCGCGAAUGGGGCCACGCCGGCUUUAUCGCACACACACACACCGUCUCCGAGUUUUAUAGACUCAAGCGGGACGUGUUCGAGGCUGCCCUCCAGGAAUUUUUGGGUAAGGAGGGGUUGGCGGAGUGGUCGACGCCGGAGGCGGGGAUGUUUUUCUGGUUUAAGCUCCUCAAUCCUGCCGCGACGGACGAAGAAGGAGACUCUGAAUCGCUCAUCCGGACUAAAGCUUUUGAGAACGGUGUGCUCGCCCUGCCGGGGACAGUCUUCCUACCUAACGGCGCCAAGACGGCGUAUGUGCGUGCUUCGUUCAGUUUGUUGGAGGAGGCGGAGGUUAGGGAGGCGUUGAGGAGGUUGAGGGAGGUUUUGGUCAGGGAGAGGGAGGCGAGUGCUUGAGGGAAAGGGAGAAGGAAGUGUAGGAUUCCAUUUGACAUAUAUUUGUCGUGUAUGGAAAGCAAUAUCAAGUUUUGUACGGUUUACCGACCACGACGGCGACUACUCCAGGUCCUUGCAAUUGACUAUGAGC